CAGCUUUGCGUUGGGCCUCAAUCCGAGCCCACUGAUACUAAAAGAAAGAAAAAAUAAAUAAUUAUAACAAUAAUUAUUAGCGGUCUUCUUCUUCUCUCUCCCCAGGUUAUAAUCAGAAACAAACACAGAGGGAAAAGCAAGAAAAAUUCAGAUAACCUAAACCCUAGUUCUCUCUGUCAAUCGCCGAGUUUGUAUUUCGAGUUUGGGGUUUCUUCAAAGAAUCUCUCUCCGGCGACCGACGGGAUCAGACGGUUCAUGCGAUUGCGGCUUUGUUAGCGGUUCGGAUUCCAAUUUUGAGAUAUAUACAGGUACAUAUAUAUCUUAUCUCAUGGCGACGGAGAAUAGUGCCAAUUCGGCUUCGACUUCCAGAUCGAAUUCGGCUGCGGAUUCCUACAUAGGGAGCUUGAUAAGCUUGACUUCCAAGAGUGAGAUCAGAUACGAAGGCGUUCUUUACAACAUCAACACUGAGGAGUCAAGUAUUGGAUUGAAAAACGUACGGUCAUUCGGAACUGAAGGGCGGAAAAAGGAUGGGCCCCAAAUUCCUCCCAGUGACAAAGUAUAUGAGUACAUACUGUUCCGAGGAACUGACAUCAAGGACUUGCAGGUUAAGUCAUCACCUCCUGUGCAGCCUACAGCACCUAUAAACAAUGAUCCAGCUAUAAUACAGUCUCACUAUCCUCGACCAGUUUCAACUUCUUCUAGCUUGCCUUCAGCUGUUACUGGACCUCUGACUGAUCCUGGAUCCCACCAUGCACAAAUGGGAAUGUCUGCACCAAAUUAUCAAAGUGGUUUGCCAUUGUAUCAGCCUGCAGGGGCAUUAGGAACAUGGGGGGCUUCACCUCCACCAAACGCAAAUGGAGCUGGUCUUGCUAUGCCAAUGUACUGGCAAGGGUAUUAUGGUCCUCCAAAUGGGCUUCCACCACAGCUUCACCAGCAGUCUUUGCUUCGACCACCACCAGGGUUAGCAAUGGGUUCAUCCAUGCAGCAGCAGCAGAUGCAAUAUCCCAACUUUAAUGGCCCCUUACCAACGGGACCCUCAAACUUGCCUGUUUCGAAUUUGCCCACUCAGAACCUGCCACCUUCCAACUUGCAAACCUCGAACUUGCCACCUUCAAACUUGCAAGCCUCAAACUUUCCAUCUUCAAACUUGCAAGCCUCCAACUUUCCACUUUCAAACUUGCAACCCUCGAACAUGCCACCAUCUUCAAGUUUGGGAGCUUCAAACUUGUCAACCACCAUCCCUGAUAUUCCACCUCUGCUGCCUACUAGCACCUCUCUCAACCCUGUCUCACUAGCCUCAACCCUCUCUUCGGUGCCCUCUGCCACCCUACCUUCUGAAACUUUGCAUGGCUUGGCACCUGGUCGGGCUGCAAAUUCAGUUCUUCCUGCUUCCAGUUUAAGUCCCAACUUACCCUCUCUAACACCACCGUCAACAUCAAGCCCAGAAUUGAAUCCCAUUUUGUUACCAACUUCCAGCAAGGCUAACUCUGUUGCUGCUCCAGCAAUUCCUUAUCAAAGCACUGUACAGCCAACAUCAUCGGCUGCUGUAGCAUCUAGCUCUUUGCGCACAGAAGCUCCAACCCCUUCACUGGUAACCCCUGGCCAGUUGUUGCAAUCUGGAGCAACUACUGUUCCGUCAUCCCAGCAUGUGCAAACAUCCCUUAAGAAUGUGGAGGUUAUUCAAGCAUCAGCGACGUCUUCAUCAGAAUCUCCUCUUCCCAUUGCUACUGAAGCUCAACCUCCAAUCCUACCAUUGCCCGUAACUUCCCGGACUGGCCAUAAGCCAAAUGGAGCUCCAUUCUAUGCUCGCAAUAAUCAUGGAUUUCGUGGACGGGAUAGAGGAAGAGGAACUGGGGGUUCACGUCCUAUGACAAAAUUUACUGAGGAUUUUGAUUUUAUGGCAAUGAAUGAGAAAUUCAACAAGGACGAAGUCUGGGGUCACCUGGGGAAGAACAAGGCUAAAGACAAAGAAGAUGGCGGAGUGAGCGAUGAAGAGGAUUUUGAAGAGGAUGAUGAUGCCGGAAAGGCUGAUCAAAAGCCUGUGUACAACAAGGAUGACUUUUUUGAUACCCUUUCCUGCCAUACACUCGACCACAAUUCACAAAAUGGAAGGCCUAAAUUCUCUGAGCAAAUGAAGAUCGACACUGAGACUUUCGGGGACUUUCCAAGAUAUCGAGGCCGUGGUGGUCGUGGACCACGUGGAAGAUCUCGUGGUUCUUACUACGGAAGGGGUGGAUAUGGAUAUGGAGGUGGUGGCUACGGAGGAGGUGGUGGCUACGGAGGUGGUGGUGGCUACGGAGGUGGUGGAUAUGUCGCAAGGGGUCGUGGGAGGGGAGGCAUGCCCAACCGUGCUUCUUCUUAAGUGUCUGUUUGUUACUUAGUCAAAUCUAGCAAAGGGGUUGAGGCUAGAGCCCAACUUUUUUGCGGUGAAGCCGCGGAGCAAAACUGGUUGUUUAGAGGGUGCUCUGCUAGGUCGUCGUUGGUGGUUCUUUUUUCUAUUUCAGUUUGCCAGAGAAAUAAGGUCAGGGGAUGAUGAUUUGUGGGUUUCCUUUAUCUGGCUUGAUUUCUUCUUACUCUCUCCUUCCAAUUCCUUCAUUGCUUUCCUACUCCUGUUUAAUGGUGGUUGGGUAGAGCCUAGCGAGGAAGGGAGUCUGCUUGCUUUCUAAGUGAUUUUUAAUUUUCUGUAAGCAUGUUUGUUCGAGCUUUAGCUGCCUUUUGAGUCAGUUGUAAUGGAAGGGCUGGUGAAGAAGAUGCAUAGCACUUCAGCUACAAAUGGCGGCCGCAUGAGUCAUGACAUUUGGUUCAGUUUCUAGUUAAGGUGUUGCUUCUGUACAUCUGACAUGGUGGUAAUUUUAUCAGUGGAAGUGGGUUAGCAAUAGCUUAUGUGAUGUUGUACCUUCUUUUGCCGAAUUGUUUUAAGAGAUGUUUCAGAAUGAUUAUGGUAUUCUAACUUUUAUGGUUGUGUUGUGUGUUUAUGUUCUUUAUUUUAUUGUUGGUUCACUAUCUCUCCUCCCAGUCAUUAUUGUGCUCCGUCACAUUAACCAGUAGAGGAAACUAUGUAGAGCAGUAGACUGAGCAGGGCUUGACUUGCAAUUUUAAGAACUUGGGAGUUGAUUUUCUUUCAGAAUGGGAGGGUAUACAUGUAGGGUUAGGGUUUUUCCCAAUUGCUGGAAAUGGUAGCUAAUGUAUGUAUCACAGAGCUUGACUUUACAGUUGAGAAGGGUAAAAUCUGGAGUUUUCUUAAAUUGUGAA